AUGAACAUCUCGACGCAGUAUUAUUAUAUGAAUUAUAUCAUACCACCAGCAACUGGUCAAGAGACAAUGGACGACCUACGAAGCUACGAUCUAUAUACCUCCCUAGCUCAAAACAACGACUCCAUCACCUCCGCAAGCCAUACUGCAACCGAAGCCCUAGCCGUAGCCCUGUCAACGGCUCUAUUCUACCCUCUAGACUCAAUAAUCACCCGUCUACAAGUUCGAUAUACCCAAGAUAGCGUACCAAAGCACUCGGACAGUACCAAACGAAACGUAGAGGGCGAGAUACAGAACUGUCUUGACACGAUUCGCGAUGUGGGCGGUCUAGCUGCGGAAGGACUAAAAGAUCCCAACGCCCGAAAGGCACUGUAUGCAGGCGUGUGUGAAGCGGCGGGUAAAGAGGCGUUGGAAUACCUGUUUUUUGGCGCCGUUUAUUCGAUGCUCUCGCGCCGGUUCCUAUGGUUGAAGAUGCGUGGCAAGACGGGGCUUGUUCAUGAUAUUUCUAUCUCCCUGGUAUCGAGGGCGUUGGCCAGCCUGUUGACAGAACCUAUUGCUACGAUCGUUGUGAGAAGGCAGGUUGGUGGUUCUGGUAGGAUGAGUGCACUUGAUGAUGUCAUGCGUGAAAAAGGGGUAAAGGGAUUAUGGUCUGGAUACUGGGCUACGCUGAUUUUGUCGACGAAGUCUUCGAUUAUGGCGUUGGCGGUUUCGUUGCUACGCGGCUGUUUGGCUCGUGUGAGGGGACAUGCUGGUGAUGGGAAGGAAGGUGCGGUAAGUAUAGGGUUUACCAGAGCCGUUGCUGAGUCGGUUCUGUACCGUGUUUCUGUCAUGCAGGCUUGUGCGAGAGCCGGUGGUUCUGUGCGUGCGAAUACAAGGGGGAAAGGAAGUCUCAUGCUAGAGGUUUCCAGAGGACUGCUUAGCCAGGGAGUUACGGCAGUGACACAUGACCUCCUUACUGCGGUAAUGCUGCGUCUAUCCACGUUACUGCUCUACGUGCUAGAACCGUUCUUGUUGUCCGAAGAGGCGAUUACAGAGUCGAUGCGUGAUUCAGCCGGCACAGAUGCGGGUGCAGCCAACCAGCAGCUGCUUGAUGAUGCAAAGUAUAUAAAUCGUGCUGCCAAGGGGGCAAUCGAUAUUGUGAACCGUGGAGUUGGCCUUGCAACUCAUGGCAAGGACAACCAUGGAGUUACGGACGCUGUUGCUGAACUUGUGGGUGACUAUGUCGAAGAUGCCCCUGAGGAAGGGUACCUCUGGUUUCGAGAACGAGAUGGGCGUCAUUGA